UGAUUGGCGAGGCGGUGCGUUGCGGCGGGGCGCCCGGCACCGGCCCCGUCUCCAUGGUUUGUAGGUAACACCGCCGGUCGGGGCGCGAGGGACCGUAGGGCUCACAGUGGUCUGAGGAAGAGAGACACCCAGCCAUGGCUCGGGCCGCCGUCACCGCCGGCCUGCUGCUGCUGCUGCUUUGUGGCGCGGCGUUCGCCAAGCACUGCGUGGUGGGACAGGCUCGCGAGGCCACUGACGAUGACUUCGAGGACCCCAACCAGCUGUACACGUGCGCCGAGGACCGUCGCUGCUGCACCGAGGACGCCAAACCCUCCUGCUGCGGCGACAUGGACGAACACGAGGAGAUCAUGCGCCAGGUGAAGCUCUGGGGCGGCGUGAUCGGCGUGAUCGUGCUGUUCGGCCUGCUGAUGUGGUACGCCCGCUGGGACGGCCAGUGCUGCGACGAAGACACCAAGUGCUGCGGCUGCUGCUGCCGACGCAAGGACAAGCACCGGGGCAACCAGAGGGCGCAAAACAUGGGCGCUCCUCCGGGCAUCGGAGGAAACAUGUCCAAGUCUGACUCGUCCAAGGAUCUGCUGAUGCACGAGCAGGAGACCUACAGGCGUUAGUGGGAUCCGGACCAUCCGGACCAACACACCAGCCGGGCAGGACCACUGACCAUCUGGACCAGAACAAGCUGGGACAAUCAGUAACAACUGGCUGCAACUCGAGGAACCAGGGAUGCGGAGCCGGAGCCGGAGCCGGAGCCGGAGCCGCCGGAGCCGGCAUAUUUUGCCCGGAGCCGGAGCCGGAGCCGGAGCCGUGAAACAAUAUAGCCCGGAGCCGGAGCCGGAGCCGGAGCCGUCAAAAAAGGGGGCGACUCCGGCUCCUUUUCUUAAGAGGAAACAAUUAUUUACCUAGUUCGGUUUGACAGUUGAAGGCGUGAAACAAUGUGGUAUUCAAAAUAGCCUUGUUAUACAAAUACAGAAGCAACGUGUACCAA